UAAAUACAGCCUCGCUCUCUCAUGGUUUCUCAUUCGUCAACGUUUGCGCAAUUAGCUCUGAGAGAGAGAGAGAGAGAGCGCUGAGAUUGUGUGCGCCACAGAACACGAACGAAGUAAAGACCUCUCAUAUCAAUGGCCACCAAAGUCUAUAUUGUGUACUAUUCUAUGUAUGGACACGUAGAGAAACUAGCAGAACAGAUAAAGAAAGGGGCUGCCACUGUUGAAGGUGUUGAAGCAAAACUAUGGCAGGUUCCCGAGACACUACACGAUGACGUUCUCAGCAAAAUGAGUGCUCCACCAAAGAGUGAUGUCCCAAUCAUUACACCUGGUGAACUUGCAGAAGCUGAUGGGUUUAUUUUUGGCUUCCCCACAAGAUUUGGGAUGAUGGCUGCUCAAUUCAAGGCAUUUCUCGAUGCUACUGGGGGUCUAUGGAGAACACAGCAGCUUGCAGGCAAACCCGCUGGAAUCUUCUAUAGCACCGGAUCCCAAGGCGGUGGACAGGAAACUACUGCGUUGACCGCCAUUACCCAGCUGGUUCACCACGGAAUGAUCUUUGUGCCCAUUGGGUACACGUUCGGAGCUGGCAUGUUUGAGAUGGAAACAGUGAAAGGUGGAAGCCCUUAUGGUGCGGGGACAUAUGCCGGUGAUGGCUCAAGACAGCCAACAGAGCUCGAGUUGGAGCAGGCUUUCCACCAAGGGAAGUACAUUGCUACCAUAACAAAGAAGCUCAAGGGAUCUGCUUGAUUUCUAUUCAAAACAACAAUACUGUUUGGCAUUUUUACAUAUAUUUUUUUUCCACUUCUAGCAUUUCAAUGUUCUAUUUCUUUGUGCUUGCAGAAGAUUAUUGUUUGCCUUAUUGGAUAUAAGCGAUUUAUGUGUUUACUCAUUAUAGUGGUUUUUAUCAAUGAUAAAAGUGUGUUUAUUGUUUCUUGUGA